AUGCCGACUACACAGAAAACCUUGAUGUUCUUGUCUGGCUUUCUCACGAGCCUGGGGUCCGUCAUUGUAAUCUGCUCGAUGCUGGGGACCCAAGCAUGGAUCACCAGUACAGUUGGCAUCACAGACUCCAUCUCCAACGGCAGCGUCACCAUCACCUAUGGUCUUUUUCGUGGUAGGAGCACUCAAGAAAUUGAUCAAGGACUUACAGAGCCAGACAAAGACUUUGAAGUUUUAGGGAUAUUGAACAAUUCUUCCCCAAAAACUCUGCAUUUGGUGGCCAUCCUGUUCCUGGUCCUCAGCUUGUCCACUUCRCUGCUAAGUUCGGGCUUUACCUUCUACAACAGCAUCAGCAACCCCUACCAGACGUUCCUGGGCCCGACAGGGGUGUACACCUGGAAUGGACUUGGCGCAUGCUUCAUUCUCCUGACCAUGCUGCUGUUUGUGGGGAACACACAGUCCAACCGUCUCUCCGGGGAACUGCUGGAGAAGCUUUACCCAACAGUCACUAGUGGAGGAACGACCCACAGCUACGGGUACUCAUUUUGGCUCAUCCUGCUGGUCAUUCUUCUCGAUAUCGUCACCGUGGUCAUCAUCAUUUUCUACCAGAAGGCCAGAUACCAGCAGAAGCAGGAGCAGAGAAAGCCCAUGGAGUAUGCUCCCAGAGACGGGAUUUUAUUCUGA